GCUGUAUUAGUAGUGUGUCUUGUUAAGGGCUACUCAGUUGGGGCACCCUUUAUUUAGUAGAGUUAGCCGGGUCACGAGUACAUACUCCCUUCUUUCUCUUUGGAGUAUGUCCUUGAUAUAUUCUAGAGUCUGUACCUGAGAUGCUUAGCUAAUUGAGUAAUAGAACUAUCUUUCCCUUUAAUCAUUCUUUCUCUGUAAUUCCUUCUACGGCUUCUUUGUCUAAUUCUUCUCCAUUCUUAUUCUAAUUCUUCAAUAACCUCUAUCAACCAGAGAUUCGGGUUGCUUCUGAGCAUCAAUUGUAGUGUAGACCACUACAAAUUGAUAUCAGAGCAGUCGAUUCUGCAACUGCUUCCGUUAUGAUGAAGGAUUUAUCAAGAAAAUUGAAUGAAAUUGUUAAGAUUCAAGAUGAUUCCAUCAAUGAGAUGGAUGAACUCAACGAAUUACUAAAAUUACCGUCAGAAGGUACCUUAAAGCUAUGCGAGAAAUGUUCAAUGGGGUGUUGGACAAUCAUUAUGGUUUAACAUCAGUUGUUUCAAAUAGAGCUGUAGGUUCCUCUCCAGCAAUAGAUUAUUCUAAUAGAUCUGGUGAAUCGGAGUUGAAGAUUAUCGAAAAUAAAAUGGAUGUCGAUUUGAAAUCAUUUCUACCUGAUUCAAGUGAAAAUGGUUCGGUAGAAGAUUUAUCUCAAAAUUCAUUCACUCUUACAUCAAUAGAUGAAGUAAAAUGUGUGAGACCAUAUUGGGGAAUUCCUAUUCGAAGAUGUUAGUUGCAACAAGUUCAGAUUCAUCUCAGAGAUCACUUAAAUACAUUGGAAGUAAUAAUUAUGAGCUGGUUCUUUUGAAUACAAGUAGUUACGCAAUUGAUGAAGCUGUAGUACUUGUGAAAACAUCUCAAGGAGAUGGUGAAGAUUGUGACACCUUGAUUGCUGGAAGGGUAUUUGAUCGAGGAAAAAUGCCUGGGACCAUCUUUUGGGAUUCCUUGCCGAAGGGUUUAGAUGGCUAUUGUCCAAAUUUUUGUCAGCAUCAUACCUACACAGUUGAAGUGAAGAAUUACGACAAUCCUUAUCACUUGAAGGAGUUGUUCUAUCUCCCAAACAAUUUACACUCCCAUGAUUGUUCUUAUCUUCUUAUGGUCGACAUCUGCUCGUUAUUCGAUCGAGGUAAGUAUGCAAUUACAGCUUGGAAUUCCUAUGAGAAAUUGAAUUUUCCAGUGUUACAUAUCUUAGGGUGUCAAUCAGAAAUUAGCUCCAUACCUUCAAGUAUUUUUGUGUGUGUUAAUGAUAAUCUUAUUAGUGAGGCUCAAAAGAUGCUUGGUUCAAUUUUAAUGAAUGAUUAUAUUAAGAAAAUUUCUUAUGAGCCAUAUAUUAAGCUUUGGUAUAACUUGGAGUUGUUGUUUUCUUAUUCAAGUGUGCUUGUAAUUGUUGGAGAUGGUGACAAUGGAUAUGGUUGGCAGCUGUUUUUGAAGAUGUCACAAAGGAAUAGUAUCACCAGUUAUGGUUGUGAUCUUAUGUUGCUUGGUAGAGGAAGAAUGGGUGAAACUAUACUAUGGAGUUCUCAUUCGAAAAGGUUUAAUGCUUCAUGUUUGAUCUUAAUUCAUAAUAUCUAUAAGUACACUAGAAUGACUGAUCUGGGGUUGGUUCUUAAGUGCGCAAAAGGUGAAGAAUAUUAUUAUUGUAUCCUGGUUUUUGCUGGGAGAGUAAUUGAUAGAGGAAGGAGGUUUGGAUUGAGAAUGAGAUCUUCUUUUUAUGGAAGCAUUAACUCUGCAUUUUGUGUUUUUAUUCUUAAUUCUCGGGCAGUCGCUCUUAGUAUAUUGGUUCUAAGGUAUACUUAUGAUUGUAAAUUUGUGUACGAAAUUGUUCUUAAACUUGGGUACUUACUCGAAUUUUUUUUCUCGAGUUUAAUGGUGAUUUUGAGUGCGGAAGAUGGUGGUAGUGGUGCUGCUAGAAAGCUUUCUUACAAAAUGCAGCUACAAUGUGAUAGUCUCCUGACCACUAACUUGAGUUUUCAGAUGUCAAGGCAAAGUGAUCGUAUGCUAAUGCACAAGAAAUUUUUGAUCGAUUGCUCGUAGAGAAUUUUAUGUGCAAGUUUCUUCCAAUUGAGAUGCUGGCUAUCAUUCUUCGUGGGUUCUUAGAUUUGAAGCAUUGAGUUCUAUUUUAUCCUUUGUUUUUGUUUGGUGAGAGUCAUGGUGCUUGGUUUAGCCGAUUUGUUCCAACCUAUUACACAUCAGGUAGAAAAAUGUCUUUUCAGGUGCUUAAGGAUUUUACUUCAGAAGGUACUGCAACUGGUUCUUGUAGGGUGUUUAAUGAAUUUUCUCUGCACGGUAAAAUUCUCUGGGCAAUCUCGAUUCUUCUGAUGACAAAGGAAACUGAUUAUGACACUUCACCGAGACUGAGUGCACAAAUGUUGGUGGAUGAUUGCAGCUCUCUUGUAUAUAUGACAGUGGCAAGGGUGGUAUUCAUGAAGGUAGAGAAUCUCUCAAAAGGCGAUGUUAUACUUCUAGUGUGGAAGCUGAUCACUCUUCUAAAGUAUAAUCUUUUGGUUUUCUCAUCUGAAAGUGGUCAUUGGAGUGCCAGAAGGGAUGAGCAUCACCCAUUACAGCCUAAGAAUGGAGUUUUUGUACAGAUAGAAGCACAGGGAAAUCGAUGUAUGAGCUAUUGUGGUUGUGAGGGUUCCAAGCCGAGGUUCAAAAAUGUCCAGCAUUAUCUGCUCGUGUUGCUAGUACCUAAACAGUUUAAACUGUGAAUGGUAUUGCAUAACAGAUCCAUAGGAGCUAAUGAAGUUGUUUGUGGUACUGUACCCGGUGUAGACAGAUUGGGACUGAAGAUUUUAUUCCUCCCAUCAUCAUCACUACUGGAAACUGAAAUGUCAGGUCUUGCUUCAGGUUUGACAACUAAUUUUUAUUUCCAUUCUUAAUGCUUGAGGUUUGCGAGUAUUUCAUAUUUCAGGAUUAAGUGGCAAAAAGUCACUGCUGGUAGUGUUGAGAAAUUCUUGUUCCGUACGAAAAGGAGGAGUAAUGACAUGAAUUUAGGAGUUGGUGGUGAAAUAUUCUUUAAGGCACUACAACUGUUUAUGCACAUUUCCUUAGUUCGCAAUCUGCUGAGCUUAGAAGUGAAAUGUCAGAUGUUUACUUCCCUCACAUUUAUUGGCAUCACCAAGGGUAUAAAGCAAAGGUUAAAAACGGUGAAAAUACUCCUUGUCAGGUCCACAUCUCUUUACUGCAGUCAAUUAAUUGAACUCGUUUCUCAACACCAUAGGCCCAGUAGGGAAGUUAAGGUCAAUCUGAGGUCUGUUUCACCUUGGUGUGGGGAUUAUCAUGAUACUUCAGUGGUUUCUUUGGGCGGACCUAUGAAGAAUGCAGGGUAUACUUAUUGGCUACAAAUGUAUAUGCAAGUUUUAUUGCAGCUGAACAAGAUCCCUAAGCUUUCAGCUACGGAAGUCGUUUUGCGACCUUGGGCCAAGAAAUUCUUAAGACAAAACCAGUUGGAGUAUUAUAAGAAAAUGACAGUUGAGAAGAAGCCGAAGCAGAUUCUUUCUAUUCUUGGGGUUUAUAAGAUAAAUCAGCAACAUUUUGUCUUUCUGUUCCUGUAGUAUAAUACUUUCAUAUACAGUUACUGUAUAACAAGUGGGAAGUACUUAGAAAGACUAUACUUGUUUACUGCAUCAUUCUUCAGGGUGCUUGUACUAUCAGUUGCAGUGCCAAUUUUAAAGUGGAGAAGAUGUCACAUUCUUAUUGUGCUCGCAAGUAGUGGCGGUAUCUGGAUCUCCAUUGACAGAGCUUGUUGUUAUCCUCCAUCCUUGAGGACAAGGAUGAUUUGGAGGGGUGGGUAUUUGUCAUGUCCCUUAGCUGUAUUAGUAGUGUGUCUUGUUAAGGGCUACGCAGUUGGGGCACCCUUUAUUUAGUAGAGUUAGCCGGGUCACAAAUACAUACUCCCUUCUUUCUCUUUCUAGUAUGUCCUUGAUAUAUCUAGAGUCUGUACCUGAGAUGCUUAGCUAAUUUAGUAAUAGAACUAUCUUUCCCUUUAAUCA